GCUUUAACGUCAAAAGAAAGGUAAACAAAAAGAAACUUCAUGGAUUUAAACAAUCAUGUAGAAAAUUGUGUAGAGCUCCAACUUUCCGAGUUUGAAAUGCUGGGAUCUAUGUUUCCAAACAAGGGAGAACUUGAGCUCAUUGAUCCCGGAGUUAUUUCCGAUUUACAAGACUUUUUAGCGGAGAGACUGCCAAGAGAUAAGAUAUCAAAGCUUGAGUAUAACAUCAAUCUCACUAUAAUGGAGGCAAAAGUUAUCAUAAGUGUAGCACUUCCUGACACAUACCCGAAUACCCCAGCCCAAAUAUCUGUGCACAGUGGGCAUCUAGGAAGAACUAAGCACAGUGAGAUAAACUUGGACCUGAGAAAUUUCCAACAAACAAUGGACCCAGGCACAAUUUACAUUGGCUCAAUAGUAGAGUGGGUACAGGAGAAAUUUCCAGAUUACUUGUCUUUCAUAGAGGCAAAUGUUUUGGCCCCUCUUAUGGAAACUGAAGAUAAGAGAACUUUCCGCAUGUGGAUACAUUCUCAUCACAUCUACAGUAAGACAAAGAUGAAAAAUAUAGAAGAAUGGGCCAGAGAGCUGAAUCUCAAUGGAUUUUUCCUGCCUGGAAAGCCUGGUUUCAUUUGUGUUGAAGGCCUUGAAAAAAAUUGCAAUAUCUGGUGGCAAAGGGUCAGAGCUAUGAAUUGGCAGAAGAUAUCCUGCAAGCUUGAAGAACAUGAUGAAGUUCAGAAAUUUCGAAGUUUUUCUAAUAUUGCAAGUAUCAAAGCUGCAUCUGACUCAUCAGGAAUGAAAGCAUUUAUAAAUUACUUGGAGGAACACCAUAGCUCACAUGUUUUCAAAGACUACUUUGGGUUUGAUGGCAAAUAAAUAUCUUGUCUCUAAGUACUCACCACUAUGAUCUUGUUGUAGUUUCCCAAAAUCAAUUUGCCUAUGGGUUCGGGUAUGGUGCAGUUUCUUCACUUGUUCUGCCACUGAUGGAAAGGAAAAAGUGCCAAAUUUUUCAGAACCUAUAAAUUAAAAAGAGACCAUUUGACUUGGUAUAAA